AUGCCAUCGCCACCGCUAGAGCAGCAACUGCCUCCAGAACCACCGAGGCGAAGAAGAGGUGCACGGAUGUACGUGCGUGGGGGUUUGCAUUUCAGCACCCCCCAACACUCCAGCAACAACAACUACCCGCCACUCUACGAAGACCCGCAAAUCGGUGGGCCUUCAAAUGCAGUUUCUGAAGUCGACUCUGCACUAGUCGAACCAGCACCACAAAUAGGUUAUGAUAACCCAAUUCCUUCUUACCCAGGUGCAGCUGGGUACAACCCGUACGAGCAGCAAGCUUAUUCGGGUUAUAACUACAAUAAUGUCCUUGCCGUUGAUCUGUACAUCGAGGCAACAAACUACAAUGCUCUCUACCCUGGACCCUUUCCAGCUACGUAUCCAACUGGGUACCCCGCAUAUGGGUAUCAAUAUCCACCGCCUCCUCAACCUCAGCAGCAGCAGCCGCAGCCACCACAAAUUCAACCACCGCAGUAG